AUGAUCUGGGAUAAAAGUCGACAGAAUUUCGUUGAACUGUACAACAUUACGGGAUUCGCAAAUUUUCAAGGACAAACGCCCUCUAUGAGACUAGAUUUACAUGCGAAAGAUAUCAGUGGAAAAGUUUUGCGAGCUUCUUACUACGAGGAACCGGAUUUAGUUAUGUUUUACGAGAACGACACGAAGGUAACCGGGAUCUGCGGCGACAUAUGGAACCUACUCGCGUAUCAUCUCAACUUCACAUUGAUGCCAAUACAUUUCCGGGAACGUAAUUUCGGCGAACGUUUGGAAAACGGAAGUUAUAACGGCGUGAUGGGGUUACUCGAACGAAAUGAAACGCAGGUUAUUUUACGCACGGGAUAUUAUCCUUUCCGCGCGAAUCUAUUCGAUUAUACGAUGCCCAUUUGGAACAUCAAAUAUCAGCUAUUCAUCAAACCAAAAUAUGGAUAUGACAAUAGGUGGAUGAUCACUAUGUUUGCACCUAAAACUUGGUACGUUAUAAUAAUUUUAUUCCUGGUACUCAGUGUCGCUGGUUACAUUCUCCAAAUUGCGCAAUUCAGAAAUUACGAAAAAAAGGAAAGAUCAACAAGGAGAUUCUUCAGUUUCAAAGAUCAUAUAUUUUACAGUUACUCUAUAAUGUGCUGUCAAGGGUAUCUUCCACUGGCUUUUCACAAUCAGAAUAAGGCAUUGUCGAUUUCGAAAAGUAUAUUCGCAUGGCUGAUCCUGCUAACUUUCGGCGUUAAUCUCAUUUACCGAAUGGCGCAUCGGACUGUGAUACCACCGUUUACAAGUUUCGACACAUUGUUAAAUAAAACAAAGUAUGACGUUCUAGUCUUCAAAGGAUCCGUGAUUUAUGAAUUCGUAAAGAACACCAGUCACAAUCAAUUGACAGAGUUUAACGUUCACGAAAUAUCGGAACGCAUUCACUUCGUGAACAACGCAAAUUCAAUGUACAAGGAAGUUUGUUAUGGCAAGGAAUUGUACGCCAUGUUAGAAAGCCAAGACAAAGCUUUCUCGAGAAGCAGAGAGUUUUGCGUGAUCAUACCAAUGGGAGAAAGUUACUUCGAGACAUGGGUUGGAUUCGGUGUACCGAAAAAUUUCCCAUACAAAUACGCCAUCGACAUGUCAAUCAUAAAGUUACACGAAGUUGGCCUGAUUGAGGCUUUAAAAGAACGCUGGCUGAAUUACCCGGACGAAGGAACACGCAGGCCUUUCACGAGAAUCGACUUGAAUCAAGUUUACCUAAUUUUCAUUAUACUCGUCGUUGGUACUCUCCUCUCUCUCGUAAUACUUAUCCUAGAGAAUAUCAUAUUUUUCGUAAGAAACUCGUAA